AUGGUUAACAUGAGUAUAUCUAUGCAAGAGGCUCUCAGUAUCCUCAAAUCAGUUCCACUAAUUGACGGGCACAACGAUUGGCCACACCUUAUCCGUGGUUUUUAUGAUAAUCGACUGAACGAUCGCUUCGAGCCCAAUAAAUCCCUCGUUGGGCAUGUUGAUCUCAAGCGUCUGAGGAAUGGAAAGUCUGGUGGGGCUUUUUGGAAAUACUUCACCGAAAAUGCAGCCCACCUAGUGAUAUUGCGAGAUACGCUGCAGCAAAUUGAUGUAGUACAUCAACUAAUAAAUCUGUAUUCGGAUCAUAUGGGUCUCGUGGAUUGUGCCUCAGAUAUCAUGUGCCUGUUCAAAGAUGGGAAAUUUGCCAGCCUAAUCGGAGUUGAAGGCUUACAUCAAAUUGCAAACAGUUCAAGCGUCCUUCGCUUAUACCAUAAACUGGGAGUUCGAUAUGUUACAUUGGCACACAAUAAGAACAAUCUUUACGCAGAUAGUGCAACUGCAAUCUCCCCAGCACACGACGGACUAUCUGCCGAGGGAGAAUUGAUGGUCAAGGAAAUGAACAGAAUUGGAAUAGCAUCGGUUGUCCCACAUCCUCGCAAUGUUCCUGAUGCAGUCCUCAAGAAACUGCAAGCCAACGAUGGAAUAAUUAUGAUCACAUUUAUCCCAUCUCUUACCCAUGUCGAUGCCACAAAAGCGAGUAUGGACCAUGUCAUUGAUCACAUUGAGUAUGCUGGUAAACUUAUCGGCUACGAGCAUGUUGGACUUGGGUCUGACUACGAUGGUAUGUUUGAAGCUGCGAGAGGAGUCGAGGAUGUUGCUUGCUAUCCUCAUUUAGUGGCUAGAAUGCUUGAACGCGGCAUUUUCCGGUCAGAUGUGGAAAAAGUCAUAGGACUUAAUCUGAUCCGCGUUUUCAAGUAUGUAGAGCUUCAGUCUCGUACGAGCAAAGCUCAAGCACCAUUUAUGCAAGAUGAUGUGAUGCAAUUAUGGAAUGACAAAUUUCGGACGUUUGUGAGAGAGGCUUACCCUCAUGGUGAAAAGGAUUUGCCUAGAAAUUCAUAG